AUGGUUUCAGCAAGAUGUUUGUUUGAUGAAAUGUCUAACAGGGAAUUGGUAUCGUGGAAUUCUUUGAUUUCGGGUUAUUCUCAAGCUGGAUUUCAUGAGGAAUCUAAGAAACUGUACAGGGAUAUGUUGGCUCUGGAGGGAGUUCAUCCCAACGGGCCCACCUUGGAUACAUGGCUUAUGGUUUCAUUGAGGGAUCCUGUAUUGAGUACUUGGAAUGCUAUAAUCUCUGGCCAUGUUAAGAACAAUCAGUUCCAAGGAGCCUUAGAUUUCUUUCGAGAGAUGCUAGAGUUUGGCGCUCGACCUAGUAUUGUGACAAUUUCAAGCAUACUUGCAGCACUUUCACACCUAUCAGAUUUAAAAGUUGCAAAAGAGAGACACCCGUAUGCUAUUAAGCAUGAUUACGAGGAGAAUGUAUAUGUUGCAACUGGCAUUGUUGAUAAUUAUGCUAAGUUUGGGUUCAUUUCUGGAGCGAAAACUGUUUUUGUUAGAACAAGAGACAGGAGUGUGGUUAUUGGGACUGCUAUCAUCUCAGGAUAUGCAGCUCAAGGAGAUACCGGCGUUGCACUUUAUCUAUUUAAUGAGAUGUUAAACGAAGGAUUACAGCCAGAUCCAGUUACAUUUACUGCGUUAUUAGGUGCUUGUGCUCGUGCUGGAUUGGUUGAAGAAUCAUGGUUUCUAUUUCGCUCUUUAGUCCCGAAUUAUGGCAUUGAACCUAUAGCUGAGCACUAUUGUUGA